GCGUCACCGGCAACGGCCGGGAAAAGCCGGAGAAACAAAGAACAUGGCGAGGCAAGGAGGAGCCUACGCCGYCUCAACCGCUGGGAAGGGCGCUCCGGGGGCGUACAAUGCCCGGCGCGGGGCGGGCUCGCUUCUCUCCGCCCCCUUUCCCCGCCCCUGUGGCCGGGCUGGCGGGGGGCUGGGACGGAACGGAGCGGGACAGGACUGGGUGGACUAGACUGCACUGGAGGUGGACGUCGGGAGUGGGCCCGCUGCCUGCCGCAAGUUUCGCCCGGAGUGGGAAAGUUGGGCGGGACCCGGCCAGAUUCUUGGAAAUCUGAGGAGCAGUCUUUGGCUGAUGAAGAAUGUAAUUCUCCCCGGAGGUGUGGGUAUCUCUUAUGAAGGGGACUGAAGUAGGAUCAGCUGAUAUCCAAGAAGCACAACUUCAGGACGUGCAAGAGUACUUUGGAGUGAACUGGCAGUAAGCCUUGCAGUAGCAUGGUGGCAGUAACACUGGCUGUCCCCUGGAGAUGAUGAAGCUCAGCCUUAUUUUGAACUACUUUCGUAGACCUCCAACUUGUUCACAAAGGACUUAACACUGAUUUGGAUUCAUAUGAGUGGUGAUGGAACUGAGCUGACAGCCAAGCCAAAGAGAAGCUUCUACGCAGCAAGAGAUUUAUACAAGUACCGACAUCAGUAUCCACAGAACUUUAAAGAUCUUCGGUAUCAAAAUGACUUGUGCAAUCUCCGGUUUUACAAAAAUAAAAUCCCGUUCAAACCUGAUGGGGUUUAUAUUGAAGAAGUCCUAAAUAAAUGGAAAGGAGACUAUGAGAAACUGGAACAUAAYCACACUUACAUACAGUGGCUUUUCCCACUGAGGGAACAAGGGCUGAACUUCUAUGCUAAAGAAUUAACUACAUAUGAAAUUGAGGAAUUCAAGAAAACAAAAGAAGCAAUUAGAAGAUUCCUUUUGGCUUACAAAAUGAUGUUGGAGUUUUUUGGAAUAAAACUAAUUGAUAAAACUGGAAAUGUAGCACGAGCUGCUAACUGGCAAGAAAGAUUUCAGCAUUUGAAUGAGUCUCAACAUAACUACUUGAGAAUCACUCGAAUUCUGAAAAGUCUUGGUGAGCUUGGAUAUGAGAGUUUCAAAUCUCCCCUGGUAAAAUUUAUUCUGCAUGAAGCUCUUGUGGAAGAUACCAUUCCCAACAUUAAGCAAAGUGCUCUAGAAUAUUUUGUCUAUACUAUUAGAGACCGAAGAGAAAGGAGGAAACUGCUGAGAUUUGCCCAGCAACAUUAUACACCUUCAGAGCAUUUUAUCUGGGGACCCCCAAGAAAACUGAAGACAGAGGGAGGCAAAGCAAAUAAAAAGCCAGCAUCUCCAGUUUCUAUUCCCAAUAGUCAUAUUUCUAAGCAUAAGAAACCAAAAGAGCCUAAGAAUACAUCGGCUAGUGGAAGCUCAGCUGGUAAAACAACUGAAGAAAGAAAGGUAGAAUUCACAAAAAAUGGGGAAGAAAAUGAUCAGGAUGAACAAGAAGUGAACUGUGAUGCUGUUAGGCAGAACAACAGUGAAAAGAACAGUGAAACUGAUACCGGCCAGCUUUCAAAAUCAGAAGAAAUUCAUGAUACUUCAGACAGAAAGGAGGACGCUUCUCAUUCCAAAAAAGAUGAUGAAAAUCCGAACAAUGACUGUGGAAAUCACCCAGGCAUUACAGAGAAAGAUUUAUGUAACACUGAGAAUUCUUCAGAUGACAUAUCAGCAGAUCUACAAGAUAACCUUGAUAAGGAUACACUUUCAGGGGGCACCACCACAAAAACGAAGGAUGAGCUCAAACCAUGAGUCUGAGAUUUAAAAAAUCUUUGUUUCACAUUGAAUGAAGCAAACUGUUCAUUGCUCCUUCAUAUUGGUUGAAAUUUCCAUCUAGUGCAAGUUCACGAGACUAUGCUUGUUGCAAAUGCAUCAGAUUAGGCUUCUGCUGGGUUAAUGAAUUUUGUUUUUUUCAAACUUAGUUUAUCAACAGUCAGCCAGGUGUGUCUCUUUGAAACAAUUGUGCAUAUUGAAAGCUAAGAAGUUGAUUAUCUUUUCCAGCCAGAUUGCACAGAAAAGCUUAUCUACUUUUAAAAAUUCAGCCAGUACUUAAAAAAAAAAAAACAGUGUAACACCAAAAAGCCUUGGAACAUAAGAAUUUUUAAGUUUCUUUUCACUUUCUUUUAAGCUUGCUUUAAGUUCCAUUUUCCAUUUAUAAAAUUACUAUAAAUUAUUUCAAGAACACAGUUUUUACCCUAGUGGUUAUUUUUUUAGGAACUAUGUUCAUGUUUAACAGCAGUGUUUGCACAGUAUCUUUUACCUUAGAUUAGCAUCUUUGUUGGAGGCACUUAACAACGGAUAUCGUAUAUCAUGUCCUGUGCAGCUGGAAAUCACUGUACAUUGAAUAAAAGUUUAAACUUACAAUGGAACUGUAUCCACAGCUUUUGGAUACAAGGGAAGUUGCACUUUAGACUUCUUUUAGUCCCUGUUAAAUUCUCCCUUCUCUUGACUCAUUUGUGGCAGUUAAUCUGGGGGGAGGGGUCUCUUCUAUCAGCCRAUUUUGGUCUCAGUUUGAAAGCUCCCUGUUGCUGAGCUGUGAUAAGGCAAAUCCCCCAGUUGCUUCAGUACCUGGAAUGCUUCUGGGCAGCUGAAAAGCAGUGCCUAAUCAGCAAAGCCAACAGAGAAAAGGUCACCAGGCRUGCUAAGUUGGGUCAUACUAGAACUCUGAUGUUUCUUGGCCAGUUUUGGGUAGGGUCUGCACAAUACAAGACCACUGCUGCUGGUCUCAGAGACAGAGGCAGUCCUGAUGUGUCUUUCCAGCUGUCUGUUUCCUCUCUUUGCUCUCUAUCAUAAGUCUCUCACAGUUUUAUGUUACUUUGAUAAUCAGCAGAGACUUGAGGCAGGCCAGUCUGUUGGCCUGGCUGGAGCCCAACAAGUAGGAAUUUCCCUUUUAAGAUCUUUCACAGCUUCUGCUGAAGAAAUGUCUGCUUUCCCUGAGUAGCUUCUUCUGAUUUCCUGCUAUUCAAAUCAAACAAAAUAGUACCCAGCAAUUUAGUUAUGCAAAAUAUGUAUUAAAAAAUAAUGCAGRUACAAGUCACACUUCCURCRGUCUUAAAAUACUCUAAAACUUCURUAUGUGUUUUUUAUUUAAAAGUAUAUUAUCCCUGCCUUUAAUGUAUUUCUAAUUAAAUGUUAUGAGGCAAGGGGCUGGCUGGAGUCUGAGUGUCAGAAUGCUACAGGACUUUAUUCAAGUCUUGUAACUCAAAGUGAUGAGGUUUUCAGGGGUUUCAGAGCAUGGACAAAAUGUCUUAUAUUCUGUUUUGCUAAUGCCUGUCAUGGCAAUGCAUCAUCCGUUGUUUUUCCCAGGUAGCGCUGGUUCUCGGGAUCGAAUAGAGUGGUAUUUAGGGAUCUUGGUACCCAUAGACAAAGAUCAGGCUCUUUCCUUCCUAAAGAUGAAGGGAAGAAGGAAGAUGUAUUUCCCCUUCUGUGCUGACUUGUGAGGAAAGGAACUUACGCACAUGGAUUUUUUGUUUAGGGUAACCCAGAUCAUUCAAGUAGGCAUUAAGUCUGUCUAAUGCCCCAAAGCAUUCCUCCUGCUGCCACAGCGUUUUUAAGGCCAAAAAGAUCCUCAAAAGCCUUUCACAGUUCCCUGAACUUGAACUGGGAUCCCCUUGUUUGUGUUUGCCUCUGACCUUCAGAACAGAAGGCUGAGGAAAUGCUGUGAUAAAACUGGUCUGUGUAGUUAAGGACUCUGCCCCUCCAUGUGUGCAAAGUGGGGGAUACUUCAUUUUCUGUCUGUGACUUUUUCAAUCUUGAGUGCCUAACCAUGCAACCUUCAUAGUGUUGUUUUUACAUGGUUAUUUCUUGAGUGGCAUAGGGAAAAUGGAUGGCUGGUGUAUAAGGAGCAUAACUAUAGCAUAAGUARCUAUUACAAAGCCUUCAAUUUAUGGAUUUUAG